CCCCUCCUCCUCCUCCCACCGCCCCGCCUGCCUCCCAGCUGCGUCCGCCGCUGUCCUGUCUGGCCGCCCGGUGUCUGCUCCGCUGCUCCGCGCUCUGCCCCGUUCCUAUCCCCGGACCCGAAACCUCUGCCUCCUCGUUCACCACCCCGGCUCCUGGACCCCCCCUCCAACCCCCUCUCCGCCCGGUGAAUGCACCAGCGCCGUGAACAUGACGGGCAUCGCCGCCGCUUCGUUCUUCUCCAAUUCCUGCAGGUUCGGGGGCUGCGGACUCCAGUUCGAGUCUCUCGCCGAGCUCAUCGUCCACAUCGAGGACAAUCACAUCGACACAGAUCCGAGGGUCUUGGAGAAGCAGGAGCAACAGCAGCCCACCUAUCUGGCCCUAAGCUACAUCAACAGGUUCAUGACGGAUGCAGCACGCCGGGAGCAGGAGACCAUGAAGAAGAAGGCCACACCCAAGUUGUCCCUGUCCAUCACGGGCGGAGUGUCCAGGAACAGCACGGCCACACCUCCCCGCCACACCAGCGGUAACCUGACGCCUCCCGUCACGCCCCCCAUCACCCCUUCCUCCUCAUUCCGCAGCAGCACACCUACAGGCAGCGAGUAUGAUGAGGAGGAGGUAGACUACGAGGAGUCGGAUAGCGAUGAGUCGUGGACCACAGAAAGCGCCAUCAGCUCUGAGUCCAUCCUCAGCUCGAUGUCAAUGAACGGGGCCGAUGAAAAGCCGUUCGCCUGCCCCGUCCCCGGGUGUAAGAAGAGAUACAAGAAUGUGAAUGGUAUCAAAUACCACGCCAAGAACGGCCACCGCACACAGAUUCGUGUGAGGAAACCCUUCAAGUGUCGCUGUGGCAAAAGCUACAAGACCUCGCAGGGCUUGAGGCACCACACCAUCAACUUCCACCCGCCCGUCUCCACCGAGAUCCUCCGCAAGAUUCAAGGCUAAGAGCCUGCGCUCACACCAAUCAACUUCCCCUAAAAAAAAAGUCCUGACUUUCCUUACCCAUCCUAUGUACACUAAAGGAUCAAGUGCAUGCUUUAAGUUUUUUGGUUUUUUUUAAAUCAUCUUCUUUUUGUGUGUUACGUUAGUAUUUUUUUCUAUCUAUGUUAUAUCACUUGUAUUUUUUUGGGAAACAAAAAAACUAUCUUUGUAGUAUUUUUAUUGAUGUACAUUUGCACAUUCGUAUAUGCUAUCACAUUAUUUUAUUUUCUAUCGUUCGACUUACAUAAGGUGCUAACUGUAAAAAAAACAACAACAGAAAGAAAAGACAAAAAACAAAAUGAUACGAAAGUAAAGAGGAGAAAAGACGGAGACGUGAAACAGGAAGUGCAACCAAGCCCUGCCUUCCUCCUGCUCAGCUCUGAGUGGGAUGAAGUUGGCCUCCAGUGCUGAUGUAAGCUCAGCGGUUGUUACACUCCCUUUUGAGCUGCAGAGUCCAGCUGAGCUUAGAUCUGUGCCUUCACGGUCAUUUGUGGGGGUGAAAGCGCUGGAGUUAAGUUAUACUUUUAAUAGAUAUAUCGAUAUAUAAACAAUAGACAGAUAUGUAUGUGUACAUAAAAAUAUAUAAAAGUAUUCAUGAGCAUAUACAUAGUUACACUUUAUUUUCAAGCUUUAUUUUAUAUAUUUUUGUCAGUGUUUUAGAUUUCGUGUUCAUUUUUAUGUAUCAGUUUCAUUCCUCAUUUGCUGAUUGAGCAAUUCUGUCACCUCAGAGGUCAAAGGUCAAACAGCUGGCUGACUUUAGGUUCUGAGUUUUUGUUUGUUUUCCUUACAUGUUCUAGAGAUUAAGCGCUAAUGCUCCUUUCAGUUUGACACCGAUCUGUGUGUCGUUUGACACCGAUCUGUGUGUCGUUUGACCAUUUUAUCACGUGGAGAACGUAUUAGAACACGGCCCGAUCCGUAUCCGCAUUAAGCCAUCGUUAUCUCCAGCGUUUCUUCAUUCACAGUGCCAGAGCUGCGUUCCACACGCUUAGCCACAAAAGUGGGUUAAGCGGCACACUGUAUUCCAGUUGCCAAGAUCUUUGUAGUUGUUUUGUUUUUUCCAUGAUCGUUGCCAACAGCUCUCCACUGCCAAACAUUGACCAUACCAUGUGCCUGAUGAGGGGAUGAGGGGAUGAGGAGAGAGGGAGGGGGGGAGGGAAGGAAGGUGGAUGGGAAGAGUGUUGUAAUAUUUCCACCCCGGAGGUCGCCCCAGACGUGUGGCAAUGAUUUUCUUGUACGUCGCACCUCCAAAAAGAAAAAAGUCACGGGAAUGAAUGGAUGUACACGAGAAGAAUGUUUUUCACGCAUGUUUCUGUGUCGUAUGGAGACGUGUGAAAGAAGAGGGUGGAUUUUGUAUUUGAAAGAGAUUACCAUCUACGUGUCGUUUUUGUGUGUGUGUGUGUUUUAGACAAAAGCAUUCCAGUCCAUUGUGUGUGCGCGAGAGUGUGAGAGGUGUGUGUUUUCAGCAGUAUCCAAGUCAUCAGCCUAGAGAGUAUUACUGUAAUCUGUGUCUCAUUGCUCGGAUGUGUCAUGUUUCUGUGCCUGGCUGCUGGUUCAACUCCUAUGGAGCAGGGUGGUUGGCUGGCUUGUUGCUCCUGACUGGGAUUUCAUCAUUCCGAGUGAGAGCGCAGCGCUUCAACUCGCCAAGACACAUUUGUUCAUUAUAUCAUCAUUUCCCUCAUUGUACAAAAAAGUUUAGAUUCUGCUCAAGGCUUGCAGCAUGAGCCCCCCCGUUCAUUUGAUAGGUACAGUGAUCUCCGACAUGCACACACCGUCCUGUCCUCCAGUUUGGCUAUAGGGAUUUUUACUUACACAAUGUUGUUAAAAGGCAGACUGCAGGAUCGCCACAUACCCUCAGCGAGUGUGCUGCUACAUAAGCACAAAUCCAUGCCUAUUUUAAACCACCUGGAAUCUGGAUCUGUAAAAUCUUGGCACCAGGUUACGAGGACAUCUGUGGAGCUGCUAGCCUGAGAUGAUGGUAGAAGACGCUUCAGUCCGGCCUUUGAGCGUAGGAGAGAAGGUUCUCUGCGGGGACAGACUGAAAGUUGAGCUGUCAAGCGCUCGUAAAAACAAAACCCAUCCUCAGCUUCAGACUCGGGAGGGCCACUCGCACAUAUGGGAGAGGAGGAACGGAGGGUGUGUGCUGGAGGGGAGAUGAGGGAGGAACUUCAAUAUACCGUGUACAGUGAAUGUAUCGUAACGUGCGUCUGUUGUCAAGUGCUUUUAAAUUAUAUUUUCGUAUGUAACGUGGAGACUGAUGUUUCCUUUUUUUGUACGGGGGUACAACAGGUUCUGAGAAGAGUGACUUGUAAAUGAUGUCAACCUGUCUUUCUAUAUAAAAGAGAAGCUGCUUAAAUGUAAACAGGAAACGACUGAAAAAAAAAAAACAGCAAAAUAAAGUAAAAAA